AUGGACAUCUAUACACCUGACGACGUCAGCGACCUUCGUUUUACCCCAUUUUCUCCACCUUCCCUAUCCCUCUUCCAUUAUUUUCCUACCUACCUCCUUGUUAUCGGUCUCAUCACUUUCCUUUGGCGUUGCUUCAACUGGUGUCUCCGAGAUUACCAGGCCUUCAAAGAUCUGGGCCCUGGUGGUACCCCUUACAAUGUCUAUGGUUGGUUAUCUGUGACCUUCUUCCUCAAGCCCUUCACUCUUGCCGAGCGUGAUACUCUGUGGACAGGGGAUUAUCCAGACGGGGCUCACAAGGAAGUACAAGCCUUGCCUGUUCGGAGAGGACAGAGACCUGAUAUCCGGGGCAUCGCGCCACAAAGACAGUUCAGCCAAUGUCCUACUCGAGAGAUGAACAAGCAAGUUCUCUCUUUGUUCACUUCAGUUGUACACAACAAUCCCAACAUACUUCAGCAAAACUUGUCUAGUUUUGAGAAACAUCACCUUGCUUUAUUUGUCCAUCCAUCUGUUCUUGCCAACUCUAGCAAAGUCUCGGAUGUGGUGAUUGCCUCCAAAGGAGAAUUGGGUCACAUUCACGGGGAUACUUCACUUCACUUGUAUCUUUCUCCACAGGAUGCCAAAGUGGUGAUUGAAAAGGGAUGGGCUCAGCGACACCGCUUGGCAAGAACUCAGCCAUGGUGGCUUGGUCACAAGAAAUUCAUCUGCGGCAUUGGCGAUACCUUUCUUCUUAUUUAUGCUCCACGGGAUGAGAGCGAGCUCAAGGUUUUGAGUACACUGAUUGGAGCGAGUGCGAGAUUUAUGACAGGAUCAAAUGAUAUUGUACUGCCAUGA